CCCACUCCGUUCCCCGAUCCGAUCCCGAUCGACGCCACCGCCGCCGGGUGGUAGAUCUGGAUCGGGGCCACUCCGCCGCGGCGAUCCCCCACCCCAGUCGCUAGGGCCGCAGCGGAGGGAAUGGAGGCUGGCCCCGCCGCCGCCGCCGAGGCGCACGACGACGGGCGCGGGCAGAGGGAGCGGUUCGACCUCGGGGUGCUGGUCGGCGACCUCGCCCUCGACGAGGAUGUCGCCAGCGAUGAGGACGAGUCGCUGGAGGGGUUGCGGCAGGAGCUUGAGGACUGCAAGGACGACGAGGAAGUGGCAAAUAUCCUGGCCAAUGGCAUCAAGCUGCGUGACUACACAAAAGGCGUAGAGAACAACAUACGCCAAAUUGAGCUGGAUUCUAUACAGGAUUAUAUUGGAGAAAGUGAAAAUCUAGUAUCUCUGCAUGAUCAGAUUCAUGACUGUGAUAACAUUUUGUCACAAAUGGAAACUCUUCUAACUGGAUUCCAGACAGAAAUUGGUUCUAUAAGUUCGGAGAUAAAGGUCCUUCAGGAGAAAUCUAUGGACAUGGGAUUAAAGUUGAAAAAUCGUAAGGCAGCAGAGUGUAAAUUGUCAAAAUUUGUUGAGGAUAUAAUAGUGCCUCCAAGAAUGAUUGACAUAAUUGUUGAUGGAGAGCCUAUUCCUGAUGCUCCAACCGGAGGAAUUAAUCACUGCCUUAAGGUUAAUGACGAAUACAUGAAAACACUUGAGACUCUAAGCAGAAAAAUCAAGUUCAUUGAAGCUGAUGCGAUGGUUAAAUCGUCCAAGGCUCUAAAAGAUGUUCAACCUGAGGUUGAGAGACUUAGGCAGAAAGCAGUCUCAAAGAUUUUUGAGUUUGUCAUCCAAAAGUUCUAUGCCUUGAGAAAACCAAAAACUAAUAUUCAGAUUCUACAGCAGAGUGUUCUUCUUAAAUACAAGUACACAAUAGUUUUCCUUAAGGAACAUGCUAAGGAGAUAUAUACGGAAGUUCGUGCAGCUUAUAUUGAUACCAUGAAUAAGGUGCUGAGUGCACAUUUCCGUGCAUACAUUCAAGCAUUAGAGAAACUACAGCUGGACAUAGCAACCUCUACUGACUUACUAGGAGUUGAAACUAGAAGUACAGGCUUCCUUUUCACCAUCGGAAAAGAACCUCUGAAGUCCCGUUCUUCAGUGUUUGCUUUGGGUGAAAGGAUAAACAUAUUAAAGGAAAUCGAUCAGCCUGCCUUGAUACCUCACAUAGCAGAAGCCAAGUCGCAAAAAUAUCCAUAUGAAGUUCUUUUCAGAAGCUUGCAAAAACUUUUGAUUGAUACGGCUACUUCAGAGUACCUUUUCUCUGACGAUUUCUUUGGCGAAGAAUCAUUAUUUAAUGAUAUAUUUGCAGGACCUAUCCAAGUUGUUGAUGAACAUUUUAAUGCCGUCCUCCUGAACUGUUAUGACGCAAUAGGCAUAAUGCUUAUGAUCCGAAUAAUUCAUCAGCAUCAGCUAAUCAUGUUUAAGCGACGAAUCCCAUGUUUGGACUCUUACUUAGACAAGGUUAACUUGUCACUCUGGCCUCGCUUCAAGAUGGUGUUUGAUUUGCAUUUGAACAGCUUACGAAAUGCUAACUUUAAGACUCUUUGGGAGGAUGAUGUCCAUCCACACUAUGUCAUGAGGAGGUAUGCUGAAUUUACAGCGUCCCUCGUUCAUCUCAAUGUUGAAUACGGAGAUGGUCAGCUUGAUCUUAAUCUUGAGCGAUUGCGGAUGGCUAUUGAGGACUUGCUUGUUAAAUUGGCCAAGAUGUUCCCUAAACCAAAGUUGCAAACUGUUUUCCUCAUAAACAACUAUGAUUUAACGAUUUCUAUAUUAAAGGAAGCUGGCACUGAGGGUGGAAAAGCACAACUUCAUUUCGAGGAGAUUCUUAAGAGCAAUAUUGCAAUAUAUGUGGAGGAACUACUUCUGGAGCAUUUCAGUGAUUUGAUCAAAUUUGUCAAAGCUCGCCCAUCGGAAGACACAGCUACAAGCUCGGACAAGGCCAGUGUUAGUGAUGUUGAACCAUUAGUCAAGGAUUUUGCCAGUAGGUGGAAAGCUGCAAUUGAACUUAUGCAUAAGGACGUAAUUACAUCAUUUAGCAACUUCCUCUGCGGAAUGGAGAUCCUGAAAGCGGCACUCACACAGCUGCUGCUGUACUAUACAAGGCUCACUGAGUGUGUCAAGAGGAUUAAUGGCGGUUCUGCCCUCAACAAAGACCUGGUCUCCAUAUCCUCUAUUCUGUAUGAGAUCAAGAAAUACUCCAGGACCUUUUAGUUAUUAACUUGUCCUGCCAUGUACACUGUGUAUUAUUCUAUUGUAAUGAAAAUCCGAUAUAUGGUACGCAGGUCAGUUGGGUUUGAAACCUAUGAUAUGUAGGAUAGAACCGUUUAUUUCUCCUGGCAUAUUUUAAGAAAUUACACGGGGGUGUAUAUCGAA